AUGGCUAUGGACGAAGGCGCGACAUGGUUAGCUUCCAAGGACAAUGCAGAGGCCUUCCUGCGGGAAUUGGGAGAAACUGAGGCCUCUUUCAAGAAGAGGUCAUACAACGUCGUGGCCUACUAUGUGCCGCUAACCCUCGACCCCGGCAGUGAGAAGGAUAGAAGGGAGAUAGAGGAAUCGAACAACAUACUGGAAGGCGGUCUGACGAAGAUGAGGUGGAUCAAGCCCCCGGCACGACGAAGGACGGACCAACGCUUCGCUCAUGUCAUCGCCACCUUUUCGGACGCGGACGCAGCCAAUCGGGCAAUAGUAAAUGGACUGACGAUCUGCAACAAGAGGGUAUCAGUAGCAAAGAGCAAGAAAGAACCGGUACGGUGCCUCAAGUGUCAAGGCUGGGACCACAUCACGUCAGAGUGUACCAUCACGAAUAAGGAGGUAAAUGUAUGCGGCACAUGCGGGGGAAGGGAUCACUGGACCAGUAAGUGCCCACAGCCAGGUGCUACUUUCUGCUCUUCUUGCAGGACGGGCGAUCACACCAGCUGGGACCGCGGCUGCCCUACCUUCCUCAGAAAGAUCGAAGACCUCAACGCCAGGGAUCCAGCAAACGACUUACCGUUCUUCCCAGCGAAGGAAUCAUGGACGUGGUCACCGUCUUAUCCAACGCAAGGACGUCGAGUCCCCCCGGCAGAGGUUCAGGUCAAUCCGGCCCAGCCAGGUUCACAGAAGAACAGGUACAGGCAGACGCAGAUCAAUUUCGAGUAUGCGGCUCCAGGUGGAAGACCGUACACCAAGGAGUCUCGGUCGAGUCAAAUCUCCGAUAGCCCCUCCUGUGUCGAGCAAUGGUUUAACGCCCCCAGAUAG